AUGUCACACCAAAACCCGUUCGACCCGCCCCAACCGCUCGAUUCCAACCCCUUCUCCGACCCCUCCCGCUCCGGCGCAUCCGCCAACCCCUUCCAACACGCCAACGACUCGGCCUUCUCCCUCGAAUCGGCAGAUACAGAGCGCGCGCCUGGCGGAUCAAAGCCGGCGGGAGGUGCGGGGAACGCGUAUGGCGGAUACGGGUUUAGUACGGGCGCGUCGCAGGCGGAGAGCGGGACGGGCGGGAGAAGUCAGAAGGAGAUUGAGCUGGAGAGGAGGGAGAGGGAGCUGAGGGAACGGGAGGAUACGUUGAGGCAGAGAGAGGCGGCUGUGGGUGCUAAGGAGAACAAUUGGCCGCCUUUCUUCCCGUUCAUACACCACGACCUCACCCUCCUCCCCUCGGAACACAAGACCGUCGGGAAAUUCCUCUACACCCAAUGGCUCGCCCUCGCCGUAACACUCAUCCUGAAUCUCGUCGGAUGUAUCUUGCUCCUCAUAUCAGGCGCAGCAGAAGGAGGAGCCGAUAUGGGCGCGAGCGUGAUGUACGUCCCUGUCAUUGGCGUACUAUCGUUCGUCACGUGGUACAGACCUAUAUAUCUGGGUCUAUCGCGGACGGAGGGUAAAGCUAUGGCGUUCUUCUUCUAUAUCUACUUCUUAUUUGCCGGUUUCCACCUAUUAUUCUCAAUCUACAUGGCCGUCGGUAUCCCAUCCACGGGCUCGGCCGGGCUCAUCAACACCAUCGCCUCCUUUGCGCGCGGAUCGAUCGUAACGGGUAUCUUCGGUGCGCUGGCUAGUGUAGGAUGGGUUUUGCAAGCUGCAGCAGGAGGGAUCUUGUACAAGCGGAUCUGGGACUUCAAGAAUGGGAAUGGAGAUAUCAACUUUGCAGCUGCGUCCGAUGCGUUCAAGUCGGCUUCGAUUAAGACGAUCAUACUGCACCAAGGUCGGAUCUAG